AUUAUUUAUUCUAGCAGACUGACGCUGCAGAGUAACCGGUACUUUUGGGAACAUUUUGUUAUUCUUCAAUUUAAUAUUCUCAGAAUGUCUAAUCUCGAAUCAUGUAGAUUAGCAUAUGACGGUGAUCUUCAGUUGUUGACAUCGAAAAUUGAAGAAGAUCCAUCAUUGAUAUCAAAGGUUGACCAGGUCCACCGCACUCCAUUACACUGGGCAUCAUCAGCUGGUCAUGUUUCCAUAGUAACUUAUUUGUUGGAGAAGGGGGCAUCAGUCAAUGUGGCAGAUGAGUCUGAUUGGACGCCGUUACACAUAGCAUCAUCAUCUGGAAGGCAGGAAAUUGUUGAGAUUCUACUAAAGAGCGGAGCAGCUGUGAAUGCAACAAACCAAACACGACAAAUUCCACUUCAUUAUGCGGCAUCCAAAGAUUGGUUUGAGAUUGCCAAAAUCCUGCUAGAGAAUGGAGCAGACCCUGACCAGGGUGACCAUAUGGGAUCAACGCCUCUUCACAGAGCAGCUUCCAAAGGCAACUUCAAAAUACUUAAGCUAUUUGUUGAUAGUCACUGCCAAAUUGGCCUGCAAGAUUCUGUUGGAAACACUGCAUUACACUUAGCUUGUGAAGAGGACAGGACUGAGGAGGCCAUCUAUCUUGUAAAAAGUGGAGCAGAUUUGACAUCACAAAAUAAGGAGGAGAAGAAUCCACUUCAGCUUGCAACACCAAACCUUGCAAAGGUACUCAAAAAUAUUGUACCAGCCUGAACAAUUUAAAGGUCUCGAUGAUGAUGAUGAUGGUGACAAUGACGACGAUGAUGGCGACGGAGGCCACAACAAUGAUUAGUAGUAAAUACUAGGUUGCUUGUAUUACGCUUUUCCUUGCAAUUACGAUUAAGUGUUACUGCCGCACUGGAGCAACAGCAACCUGACCAAGUACCCAUUUUAUACUCUUUGGCGGAGAGAACCAAUGCAAAUAAUGUGCCUUGCUCAAUAGGACAAGCAAAAUGCACAGUGAGGGAAUGAAACCCUCCUGUUUGAAAAACUAAACCGUUCCCACUGUGCCAAACUGCUUCCAAUUAUCCAAUACAAUAACUGUUUUCAUUCAUAGGUGCAGUAUAUUACAUGUAUGUCUUCUAUCUGGAAUAUUAAGUUUUUUUGGAUAAUAAUGGGGUCAGGGUCAGGCUUCCUUUAAAAUGUGGUUCUAGUAUGAAAUUUCCAAUUUUUACUGUUAUGUGUUAAAUGGUGACAGAGAAGUGGGUCCCAGGUGUGGCUUAGUGAUGCAUUCCUUCACCAUCACAGGUAAAUUCUUUCUUCAGUGGUUUUAAAGAUAGGACACUUUUGGUUUGAGGGUUACAACACAUCUACGAAAAAAAUUGCAUUUUACUUUCUGUAUUGCUAUUACAUUCCCUUUUACUAUGGUGCUAGGUGUAUUUCUGUUGAUUUUAUUUGUUUUGUCAAAACAGAAAUUUAGGAACUUGAUGAUUGCAAAGUUUAUAUGCGAGAACAAAACUUGAAUUUCUUUCCCUAAAAUUAUUACACUUGCCUUAUGUCCACACAAAGAAGUUUUUUGGUGACAAAUUUCUGUGAAUGAUUCCUAUAUAUGGGCAUGGUGACUUCAUAUUCGCAGGUCACAUAUAACGUCAUAGUGUGAACAGUGCUAUUAUAUGUUUUAUAGCUCACCUGGCAUAUUGAAAAAAGAAGGACUCUUGAAUUCCUCAGGAGAAAGUUCUGACAGCUGAGAAAAUGACAUUAAACAUUAUAGGUGUAAAGGUAAUUACCAUGUACUGGAAAAGGCAGGGGUAUGUUUUUCUGAGUCCCGCACCCUCAUCCAUUGAAAUAUGAAACUUAUUAUACUACAGCUGUAUCAAAAUGAUACAUUUUUAAAACAUAUGUGGUAUGAUGUCUUUUGCCAAUGUUUAGAUAUUUGUUCAGACUCAUGAUACUAAAUAAAAGUAAUAACAAAAUACUGUAUCUUAUUUAUGCCUACUUUUAUUUCUAAAAACAAACAUUGUGAUGUAAAUUGUCAAUUGAAGAUAAUGAUAAACACUUUCAAGUUGCAGCAUUGGUGAACUAUGUUCUAUGCAACUUUGUAAAAUUAUUUCAAACAAAAACAUACAAAGUGAGAUAUCAUUUAAAAAAAA